AUACAAGCUGUUUCUCUCUGCCUCCUCUCUUCAGCUAAGCUCUCAAGACUCAAGAGCUUAGUUCUUUUGUUUUGAUGCUCUUGAGGUCCCAAUCUUUGUGCUGACAUUUCUCGUUGAUCUCGUCAUUUUCUGAUCUGUUUCUUCAUUAUUUCUUAUUCAGAUCAUUGUUUUCAAUUUGUUCUUUUGGCCUCUGCUACUUCUCUGUUGGAAACCAGUAUUAGAGAAACAAUCUCAGUUGGCUCUUGGGUUUCUGUUGGUUUCUUGAUCGGUCUAAUCAGAUGGUGAGACAUGGGCUUUACCAAUGAGUUGCAGAAAGUAGAUAUUUGCUCCAAGAAGUUUCUUUAGGUUUUUAAAAAACUUUCAAUUCAUUUUUUCACCAUGGUUAGAGGUAGAGUAAAAGGGAAGAAACAAAAUGAAAUUAUCGCUGGUGAGGAUCCUGGAAGCACUGAAGGGCAUAAGAUUCUACCAAACAGGAGAAGAGGAAGGCCACAAAAGCCAUUGAAGGAUGACGUUGGAAAAGUGAAAGUUCAGAAGAUACAAGAUAAGGAUGAGAAAAUUCAUAUUUCGCGAGAUGACGUAACAAACCACUCUACUAUAGAGAAUGGCACAAAAAGGAAGAGGUCUGCUCAUGAAAAUUUAAACUCCAUCCAAGAGGAGAACAGCAUGGAAAUAAAGUCCAUCCUUGAUAAACCUACCAAAUCUCUUGGAUUCCGACAAAGUGGGAGUAAGCGGAAAAACAAGCCUCACCGAGCUGCUGAAGCUGGUGUUCAGUGCAAAUGAGUUCAAAUAAUCAAAUUAGCUAUUCUCAUACUUGCCCACCUUCUUUUCCCCCAAAGGGGGCUAAUCUGAAAUCAUAAGAGAGGCCUUUCCUGUUCACCUGUCAUCCCUUAAAAUUGCUUUGCUGUAUGUUCUGUUUUUGCAGUAAUUUUUUAGUUCCUUUCCUUGGUAAUGAGGUUUUGGAAUCGUUAUUUUUGUUUUAUUAGUUGACAUACACGUUUUUUCCUAGCUUACUCAACAUUUGAUGAAAUCCCUUCAAUUUUUCUAGAUCAAUGUAUUCGUUUUUUUCAUUCCCAAAAGGGGGAUUAUGUUUUCCAUUGGCUUAGUUACAUAUCUGAUGAAUGUGAGCAUAUGCUUGGAUAAAUUAAUAGCUAGGUAAGGAGGUAUCUAUAAUAGGGACCC